AUGGAUAAUUUCUCGCUCGGCGUCGUACGACCGCCCCCUGAAAGCUGCGACGAAAGAGGGAAGCGGCUGAAAUCAGAUCAAGAACCGAAAACUGAACCGGAACAAGAAUCAGAGUCGGAACCGGAACCGGAACCGGAAUCGGAAACGGAUUCGGAAACGGAACGUGAAAUCGAAAAGGAAUGGGACAGGGCGUGGGGUUGGGAAUCGAUCCCGUUAGAAGAUCUGACGGUUAGCGACCUCUCUAGUCGUUUUGAAGAUGACCCUUAUGCUUUUGCGUAUAGCUGUCCCAAAUUUUCUUAUGAGAAUAAAGCCGCGAAAAAACUAAGAGAGGAUGGUAAAAAGGCCCUUGCUGAUUAUCGGGAGAGAUCUCGUAACAUAAGUCCCUUUGAUGUUACCGAUGUUCCAUCCUUUGGAAUUAUAUGUGGCACUAACUUUCCCCGACCCGUUACCAUUACCGAUGAUCGUCGCCCGCAAUUCGUUUACCUCUCAGAACUUGCAUUGGACAAGUACAACCGUGACAAUCAGGUUUUAAACUAUGAGUUUCAACAUGUUAUCAAGGCAACCAUGCAGUUUAUUCCUCGUACUACUUAUUACAUUACCUUUCAAGCAAAAGCAAAACCUAUACAUGAUGAUGGAGUUCAAAACUACCCUGCUACAACUUUUCAAGCCCGGGUCCGGGUCCUGGACAGGGAGCCUUCCCCUGUGGUUGAGUCUUGUUCCAUUAAAACCUAA